AUGAGGGCUGUGGAUACCCCUGGCAGCACCAGCGCCAAUACUGGAACCACUAGUACUGUUACUAGUGAAAUAUCUAUAACUGAAAAGCCAAUUCUUGGUCUUAGGUAUCUAAACAAACGAACCCGUGUUGAUAUUUUGAAUUUCCAAGUAUAUGUACCUCCUCAAUCACAACAGUUACAGAAUUACAGUGAUGACUAUACGUACAAAUUAGAUAGAAUCUUACCAACUGAGACGCUCGACGAUUUGGAAGAUAUUUCUGAAUUUAAUUGUAUUAAUCCAGAAGUAAUUAUUAACAACAACACUCACGAAUGUGCCUCAAACGUUGCUCCUAGGUAUACUCCAAAGAUUAGAUUAAUUGAAAAAAAUGAAUAUUACAAUAAAUUAUAUGAACGGUUAAACAUAAGUACGUUGAAAACUAUCGGUCAUGGCAUUGAUUAUUGUGAAUUCAAAUUCAUUUUGAGCGAACUAAAGUUGCAAUAUAAAAAUGCAAAGAAUUGGCACGAACUAGUUCACAUAGCAAUUGAACUACCAAAAAUUGAAUCACAAAAAAUCCACUUAAGUGAGGCACAGAAUCUUUUAGAUUCAGGUAAAUCUAUACGAAAUUUUGUUUCCCUGCCAUUGCUUCCAAAGCUGGUUGAUGCAGUAAGUAAUUGCAUUAAAUACAUUUAUGAAGUUGAUGAAUUUUUUAGAACAAUAGACACCAAUCCUUCACCAUUAGAAUCGGGCAAUAAAUUGUUACAAACUGGAUCGCAAUUACCCUUUAUCACUGAUCAAUAUAUACUUGUUAAGAAUAUUUGGGAAAGCCACAUUGAUCGAACACAUCAAAUAAAUAGUGCAAUGUAUCGCAACGAUUAUUUACGUGUGGCCAUGCUUACUCAGGAUGAUUUUAAACUGAAUAUUCCUUACAUUAGACAAAUUUACAAUGAUGUAAAACUUGUGAUGUGGCUAGAGCAGGUUAAGAAAAUGCUCAAUAAGACACCAAAAUAUAUAGAUGCUGUUAAAAUUUUAUCGGCUAACUUAAAUACCCCGCAAAUAUCAACUAAUGCAGAUAAAUUGGAACUAGAAAGCAGAUGCAUUGCUGCCAAACAAUGGCUCUCAAACAUAUGCAAUUCUCCUGUGUCACAGUUAGUUAUUGACGGAGUUAAGGAACUUGUGUGUGAUGAUAAUUACAGGAAAAGCAAGCAUAAUAAAAUGGAUGGUGAAGAAUCAUUAAAAUAUUUUACAAUAUUCAAGGAUGACAUAUUGACGCUAAAUCCCAAACUUAUAGACGAGAGUAAUCCAUUCUACAACCAAGAUACGCUAAUACAGUCACUAGGAGGCGUAGAUGCUAUUAUAAAUUCUGCAACAAAUGAUCCUUGCAGUGAUAGUGGAACUGAAACGAACGUUAUAAAUACAGCAAAACCACAUCCCAAUGAACUGGAAAAGUUUUACACCCAGCUUAGUAGCAUAAAAUUGGUGAUUUGGUGCAGCAAAUUCUUGGAGCCUUUGGCGAUAAAAUAUCGGAAAUUUACUAGACGAUUUAAACGAGCAAUUGAGGGUGCUAUGUCAAAAAUUGAAGUAGUAAUUCUACUGCAAGAUGCCAAUUUGCUUUCGCAACAAUUGCAAUUGGAUGAGCAAAUCAAUCAACUUAAACUAAUUCUCGGUCAGGCAACGGAAUUUGAGAAUCAGUGUAAACAGAUACUGGAUACCAGGCGUUCAGCUAUAUCUCAGUUUGAGGCGGAGAGAUUGGUUGAGCCUUGGAUAACACUCGAUAACUAUAGGAAACAGGAUAUAAUACAUAGCGAUAACAUUGAACAGUUCAUCAGCAAAUAUAAGCCAAUUUCAGGAGUGGACAUAUCAGCGAUUAAUGAAAUCAUAGCUAAAUUUGAUGAUCAGACAAUUAAGAACUAUCCCUUAAUGAAAGAGCUAAACGAUGCACAGUCAAUUCACACCAAUUGGACAGAGAAGAUGGGACAAGUCUUAAAUGACCCUUGUUUAUCUAAUGGCGACCUAAACCGCACUAUAAUAUUGCUGCUAGAUGCCAGAAAAUAUGGAAUCAACCUCAAUAUAGAUCCAUUACUACUCAACUUAAAGUGUUAUAUCAUGUCUAGCUCAUUAGUUAAGCUGAUUAAGACUAGCAACGGAGACACAGAUUACGCACUUAACAUACUGGGUGAUUUGCAGGGUGACAAUCGCUACAUGAAAAAAUUGACAUGUUAUUUGGGGCAAAUGCAAUUUUUAGAUGAUCUGGAUGCAGCUAAAAGGCAGAAGCGCUGCCUAGAUCUUGGGAUUGAACACUACUUAAGAUGUUACAACGGCAUGUAG